AUGUUCAUGAGGAAAGUUUCCGCAAAUAAGAACUCAUUUCACUCAUCGAUUCGGAGGACGAAGACUAGAGAAGAAAGAACCCAGAGAUCAAAUCUCUCACAAGCAAGCGUUGAACGAAACGGGAAACGCCCAACUUUUAUCACUCAUCACGAAGAAAAAGGGAAUCAGGGAUAUUAUACAUUCUAUAAAGUCGACGGUGAACUAUCCAGGCGAUCUCCCACUCAUGAACACACCGUUGUACUGCAAGGAGACACACAAGUCACACUAACGAACAAUUGGCUGAGACGCUCGACUCGCUUGAAACCGGCCUGGGAGCAACGAGUGGGACAACUUAUCGGUGAG